CCUCGGCUGUGAGGGAGGCGGCGCCGCUCAUGGCGGGUGGCUGCGGCGGCGGCUCCCGCUGUCCCUGAGCUUGGCCUGCCUCGCCUGGAGCCCGGGAGAUGGCGGAGGGACCCUCCGGCACCCGGGAAGGGGAGGGUGGUGCCAGAUGCCGGGUGUGACUUGCCCACCGAGUCCAGCCACGGCCCGCAGCUCGCCCUGCGCCCGUCCGCCUCAGCGGGGGCGCGGACGUUCGGCACGGUUGCCGCAGUCCCGGUGUUGCUCGUAGCUUGUGUGUCAAGGGCUUGAGACCUUGAUAUGGCCGUAGGGCGGGGAGUGGUGAGUCAGGAGGAUGGUGGGUUUAUGCUGUUUUCCCCCUUUGAGAGAGCCGUGCCAUGUUGACGUGGCAGGUGGCACCAUGGUAUGGCCUCGGUGGAGGACUCGGGGUGCGGUGGUGGCUUCACCGCCGUCAUAUCAAUGUCUCUCCCGUUCCAGCCUUGAGCCAUUUAAUCAUCGUGCAUUGCUGGAGAGGUGGGGAAAAGUACAGAAUUGGACAGCUGUACAUGAUAAGCAAGCAUAGCCAUGAGCAGAGUGACCGAGGUGAAGGUGUGGAAGUGGUGCAGAAUGAACCCUAUGAAGAUCCAAAUCAUGGCAAUGGUCAGCUAACAGAAAAACGGGUCUAUCUCAACAGCAAACUGCCUAGCUGGGCUAGAGCAGUUGUUCCCAAAAUAUUUUAUGUUACAGAGAAGGCUUGGAAUUAUUAUCCUUAUACAAUCACAGAAUACACAUGUUCAUUUUUGCCUAAAUUCUCCAUUCAUAUAGAGACGAAAUACGAGGACAACAAAGGAAGCAAUGACAGCAUUUUUGACAAAGAAGCUAAAGACCUGGAGCGAGAAGUUUGCUUUAUUGAUAUUGCCAGUGAUGAAAUUCCUGAGCGCUAUUACAAAGAAUCAGAGGAUCCCAAAUACUUCAAGUCACAGAAAACUGGGAGAGGUCAAUUAAAAGAAGGCUGGAGAGAGACCCAUCAGCCGAUUAUGUGUUCCUACAAACUUGUGACUGUGAAAUUUGAAGUCUGGGGACUUCAAACCAGAGUUGAGCAAUUUGUACACAAGGUGGUCAGAGAUAUACUAUUGAUCGGUCACCGGCAGGCUUUUGCCUGGGUGGAUGAGUGGUACGAUAUGACUAUGGAUGAUGUUCGAGAAUACGAGAAAAAUAUGCAUGAAAAAACCAACAUUAAAGUUUGCAACCAACAUUCAUCUACUGUGGAUGAAAUAGAGAGCCAUGCCACAGCAAGAAAGUCCUCACCCAAAAAUAGCUGAAAUGAAUGCACGGGCUCCCCUUGAUGUCAGGCUGCUUUUAAACCAUUUGAGUUCAGAAACACUACACCGGGUGUGAAACAAAAUAUAAAUCAGCAAAACAAGUUCCAAUCUCUCUCCAACACGAGUAGGUACAGUUCCUCUGAGACCAUCUGUUUAUUUCUACCACUUAUCUCAGAUUUGAAAAUAGUUUAGUCCUCACUCCUAAUAACUGGCAUAGCAAUGUAGGCUGAAGAGGUCCCUGGAAUGUUGUCUACAGAGAGAGAGAAGGCAGCUGGCAGCACGCAUGCUUUUGUUUAUUUAACGUGAUGUUGUAAUACAACAUAAAGCUGCUUCUACAUAACAUUUUCAGCCAAGGUUACAGAGCACGCACCUGGGUAAUAUUAAAACAGUAUCGAUGUACAGAAAGUAUAGGAUUUUGUCAUACAUACAGUAAGCACCAUUGCCAGUCCCAUGCCUCAGACACCCAAAUGUGUAAGAUAUUUAAAUUUAUUAAAAUGCAUGUGUUUUUAUUUCUGGUUUUUGAGCUUUCAGAGCUCAAAGAAUCUAUAAUGUUUUCAUGACAUACUUCAAAUACACAAAUUUAACAUGAGGUUCAGUGAAAACCGUAACAUUUACUUCAGCUGGCUCAGUGGACAUCUUGCAGGCAACGUAGACAUGAAGCAGCAGGCUUCUGAAGAGUCUUGCUGAUUUUUUUUGCUCAACUUACCCGUUUGUAGCAGAUAUCAUUCGUUUGGGAUUUUUAUCAACAAAGUUUUGCCCGGCUCGCCACAGAGCACAUCUAUGCUGGGAUCGCUCUGCCCUCUUGUGGGUUUCCACAGCACUGUGACACAUUUGUCACCCGCCGGAGGAGACUCACUGCUUUUACAGCUUUCUGUGGAGCCGAUUUUCCAUUGCAAGGUGGCUUUAACCUCUCAUUUACCUCUGUUUUGCAGGGCAUUAAGCAGUAGAUUUGUCAGUUGGCCAUAAAUGUUUAAGAACAGAUUCUGGAUCGAAAAGUUGGAAAGCGUGUUGUGGCUUUAUCAAGUGAGAGGGAAUUCUUUAGGCUUUAUUAGUGAAAAAGCAAACCAGCCUCAGUUAUGUGCACGCAGCUGCAACUGGAAGUCAACAGAAGCCAUGCAUAGGGGGGAGAGAGAGAAUUUUUCAUCCCUUGAUGAUUACAGUAGACGAACAAACCGAUGACAAACCUUUACUUGUUCAUGCUCAUAACUUAGGUGGAAAAAAAACCCCAACAACCUAAUAGUUUUAUUUUGUUUGCAGUUCUGAAAAAUUCUACUUGCUACUGUGUAUCUAAAGGUAUUCUUUAAUUGCCUGUGAAAUAGCUUGAUUUUUCCAGUGAUGACAGAGGUAGCACUCUUUAUUCAGUUCAGAUCCAGGUAGAAGAAGAACCAUUAGUAUGUGAUUAAUGUACUUAACUACAUUUUCUUUACAUGUGCUGCUUAUUGUACUCCAAUCAAUGCACUACAAUAGGAAGACAUUCAUGUGGAGGAUCACUUAAUGAUAUGCAUGAUAAGCAAUCAUUCCCCAAUAUAGAAUUUGGAUGGAUGUAGCUUAACUGAGAUAAUUAAAUGAUCAUUUGAAAUUAUUCUAACGUGCCUUUACCUUUCUUUCCUU